CCCGUGCCCGAGACCGAGGGGAGUGAGAGAGGCGGCAGGACUGAGAGCUCUUCUUCGUCCCAAAUCGCCAGAGUUCCUCUCUCACCGCCGCAAUGUGUCGCUCCUAUAAUCCUAUUCGCAUUCUUUUCCGCUCUAGGGCUUCCGGAGCGCUUCGCUAAGCGGCGGACUCGUUUUCUCGGGUGCUUCCAGGACUGUGUGCGGGUGCAUGUCUCUUCGAAGAAAUGACAUCAUCAACAUGCCGUUGGCAAGCUGACACUUCGUUCCUUCAAUAUAUGGUGAGAAGGAGCUAGCUGAAAGUAUUCUUUUACCAGUGGAAGAAAUAUGAAGUCAGGCUCAAAGAAGGGAAAAAAAGUGAAGUUAGGCUUGCUGAAGAGUUGGUCUCUUCGCCUGAAAGGUAAAUCUUCCACUCAUUUCUGUAUGUUCCCCAAGGUUCGUUCAGCUGAGAAAACAGAUGGAAAUGCACCAGUCUAUCUGAAUGUGUAUGACCUUACGCCAAUGAAUGGAUUUGUUUAUUGGGCAGGCGUUGGAAUAUUCCAUUCAGGUGUUGAAGUUCAUGGUGUGGAGUAUGCAUUUGGUGCACAUGACUACCCAAGUAGUGGUGUCUUUGAAGUCGAGCCUCGUCGGUGUCCAGGCUUUAGAUUUCGGAAGUCAAUAUUCAUGGGCACAACAUAUUUAGACCCUAUCCAGGUCAGAGAGUUUAUGGAGCUCAAUUCUGUAAAGUAUAAUGGAGAUACCUACCACUUGAUUGUUAAGAACUGCAACCAUUUCUGCAAGGAUAUCUGUUAUAAGUUGACCGGCAAAUCAAUUCCAAAAUGGGUCAAUCGACUUGCCAAUAUAGGCUCCCUAUGCAGCUGCAUCCUGCCUGAGGCGUUACAGAUUUCUGCUGUUCGUCACAAGCCUGAUUUUCAAGCAGAUGAUGGCGAGAGGAUGAAGUUGAGAAGCACUUUUAGCUAUCUAACUUCAGUCUCCAUGCGUCAGAGGCAGUUGUCAGCCUCAUCUGUCUUCUUGAGUUCCCCCUUGAAAGGUUGCCUUCAACCAUGGGAGUUCCGCAGAUCUGGUUCCCUCUAUUGAAGGAGAGUUGAGAAUGUCUCGUCAGCUGGUCAAACCCCGUGGCUUUAUAGGAAACUGGUUUCAAACCAUUGAAGGAUUCAGGCUUAUUUUGCUUUGUGGCAAUCUACGCAGUCUAUGCACAAUGUAGAAAGCAGCAGGCCAGCAGCAAAUAUUAUAUAGUUUUCUUUGUUCAGGUUGGUCUUUGUCUCAAGAGCUCUGUUCUGUUGAUGUGCAGACCUGUAACGUGCUUUCCACUGUCACAGCAGGCAACUCGGAUAUGUGCAAUCUGUCAUUCCUAUUCUGCAAGAUGCUAAAGCUUGGCUAACUUUAUCUACGCUGCUUAUACCCGAAGUUUGUUCAUGGUAUCUGCUGUUUUCCUAUUUCAUAUCCUUCGGUUUUUUCCC